UCUUUAGCGAGUCGUGCUCAAGAGAUGUUGGUGACGCGUGUCACCGACGUAACGGAGAAGAUCAACACUAUUAAUAUGCAGUAACAAUGGAGGACGUGAAGAUUAAAUCAAAUUACCGGCGUCACGUUCACGUUGUCCCCGACGUCAAGCCUGUUACGUAACGUUAACACCGUGUUCUAGUUCUCGCGGUGUUAAUGGAAGUGUCAGAGUGUCAACAACGGCCAGCCGUCGGUUAGCAGCACUGUCCGGAGCAGGGAGGGGGGAGUCUAGAGGCUACAACGUCAGAACUUUUGUCUGAGAUGGGGGAUGAUCGACCCUUUGUAUGCAUUGCCCCUGGAUGUGGGCAGAGAUUCACAAAUGAAGACCACCUGUCGGUCCACAAGCACAAGCAUGAAAUGACAUUAAAAUUUGGUCCUGCCAGAACAGACUCUGUUAUCAUUGCAGACCAGACACCCACACCCACACGUUUUCUGAAGAACUGUGAAGAGGUUGGGUUAUUCAAUGAGCUUGCCAGCUCCUUUGAACAUGAGUUUACCAAAGCACACGAAGACGACCAAAGGACAAAACACCCGGCGGCACCUUUACAAACACCGUCUGAAGUAAAAGUUGAAGAUGAAGGUCCUUUGGAAGUGGAUUCUUCCUCUCCCGGAAGUCCAGAUUCCUCUUCCAGCAUGUCGGACAACAGCAGAGACUCAAGGGUGAGAGGCAAGGAGAUUCUCACAAAGCCUGUGGUAAGCUCUGCCCCUACUCCAACCAUUGUGCGCCCAGGUUCUCUUCCCCUUCACCUGAGCAAUGACACACUUCACCCAACUCUGCCAUCUCCAACAUCUGUCAUCACGCAAACGCCGCCCUCCAACAGACAGCUCAGCUCCCCAACGAGUGCUUAUCCACUGGUGAGGCUUCCUAAUGGGCAGACAGUCCCCCUCUUGCCCAGUCCUGUUCAGAUGACCUCAGUUAUAUCUCUUGCGAGGCCAGCGAACUCGGUGCCCAACAUCCCUGGAAUUCCAGGGCCUCCAGUUGGUGGGUACAGCAGUGGGUCAUCCUCCCCGUCUGGAUAUAGUCUGCACUCUGAGACCAAGAUGCGGCUUACGGAAGCUCAAACUCAUCAGGGCCCAGGAGCACAAGAUGGGGCUGGUGGGGGGGCAGGAUCCAUCCCUGCUGUCCCCCAGCGACCGGAACAAAGCCAACAACCCACUCAAAACUCUGACGCACCAUCACCUGCGCAACCCCAGGUGUCCCCUGCUCAGCCAACAGGAGGCCGGCGGCGGCGAGCUUCAGAGAUGGACCCUGACGAGAGGAGGGAGCGUUUCCUGGAGAGAAACCGAGCGGCCGCCUCUCGCUGCAGGCAGAAACGAAAGCUGUGGGUUAACUCGUUGGAGAAGAAGGCGGAUGAUCUUAUCAACAUGAAUGUGUCCCUGACUAGUGAAGUAGGCCAACUGAGGAACGAGGUGGCUCAGCUGAAGCAGCUCCUCCUGACCCACAAAGACUGCCCGGUCACUGUUAUGCAGAAGAAGGCAGCAUUCUUAGCUGCAGGAGGAGAGGAAACCUCCAGAGAUACUUCCAGUGAACCCAUAGGCUCCCCAGCGGCAGUUAUACAGCACGGGCCGUCACAACCCGCCUCGGCCUGCAGUCCAGGAGCCACCAUUAACGGGCUGAGCGUCCGCGCUGCAGAGGCGGUGGCAAUGUCGGUUUUAGCAGGCAUGGGAUCGGGCCAGCCUGGAGGGGUUGUCAUGGCGACGCAGUCAGAGUCAACCCCAAGAUGAUGUGCUGACGUGGGUAGCCAGUAUGAACUCAAGUGGCAUUUGGAGGCCGGACUGGUGCAAAGCGUUUGAAAAGAGGCACCCGCCCCCAAACUCCACCCCAGACUAAGAUACUCUGAUCCACUCACAGCCAUUGAUAAUCACACACAGACGGCACAGUGGUCAACGCUUCAGUCCCAGCUGUUCAGAGACGCUUCGCCACUUUCUGUUUGUAAAUAUGAUAACACGUUGGACGCUCACUCUGCAGGGUUUGGGGUCAUUUCUUGUUCAGUCGUGACAUUUGGAAAAUAUUUUAAAUUGGGAUGAAAAUAAUGAUAACUGAAAACUCUAGUUCAUCAGUUUCCAACCUCAGUCCCACACGCUGGCUGUGAUGAGGUUGUUUGCUUUCCAGGCUGACAAUUGGACUUGUAUUUUUCAUUUGUAUGAAACGAUUUUUAUGCCUGAUUCUGGUCGUCGACAUAAUGUUUGCUGAUGCAGUGAAAGUACGGUGAGAGAUUGGCUGGCUGAUUUCAGUAAAUGGCAGCUUGGAAUGUUUUUCUUAUUUUUGUUUUUUUAUGUUUGCUUUUCAAUCUCUUAGUUUUCUGUCUGUUUCCCUUUUGAGUUGAUUCUCAUUAAAUACAUAUGAUGGAUUUGUCAGCCAAGUGCAUAACAAACCAAAUUAUCGAUGUGUACACAGUUGACCCUGUGAGUGUGCGCCUGGCUUUUUACCAUCAGUUUUAACCCAUUUGGAAUGGAUGUCAUUACAUUAGUUGUGUAUGUAUCAAACCCUAUUGACUGCAUGGAAUACUCAAGGCUGGAGAAUAUCACUGUUUGUUUGUGCUUCAUCAUGCAAUCAUUGUUUACAGAUCUGCUUUUCUUCUGUUUUAAAACAUGAAAUUACUGAUGCAAAAAUGUGUUUUUGUUAUUUAAGGAUUCCAUCCUUGGUUCUAAUGUGAAACACUUGAAAUUGUUAGCUUUUGAAGGCCUUUAAAUGAUGAUCAAACAUAUUAGAUUUUAAAUCACUUACCCUGGCAUUUCAGUUGAGGAAAAGAGUAGUGCAAUAUAUUUUUCUAUUGAAUAUCAAUGUUCUUGCAUUUAUUUGUUGUGUGAAGCUCAGCCACUUUGAGGGGUUUGGUCUUUUUCAGUUGAAAGCUAAAGUUAUGAGAUGAGCAGAGGAAAUGUGAGUGAAUGAAAUUGGUGAUUAUUGCACAUCAGUAAUCAGUAAGAAGGUGCUUUCCAACAUUUGAAAAGCUGUCUUGUAUCAUGAAGUAUACCCAAAUAGUUGUGUACGGUGCUUCUUUUGAAAUUCAAGUUUUGAAAUGCAAAUUUUAUACCGCUGUGUACUUCCAAGACUAUCAUGGUUAAUUUUCCCUUGUCACUGUAUGUUUAAAAAAAAAAAAGAUUUUUAAUAACAUGGAAUUGAAUGUCAGGCUUUUUUCCAUCAUGUGUUUUAGUAUGUCCCUUUUUAUGUUUGGGAAGGAACAUUAUGUUUUAACGCAGGUUGAACCACAUAAUAAAAUGUCUCUGAUAUCUGUAUGGAGAGUUUGUCAAAUACUCAGGCUUCAAGAUGGAAAAAAAAAUACUUGUGUUAUCUCAACUCAUAAGUUGUCUCGGGCAAAUAAUAAAAUAAAUGAAUGAAAAAAACACAUGA